AUGUCCAUCGUAUGGCUACAAAGAGUGUCCCCUAAGACUACGCUGAUCAGCUCGUUCGUCAUCCUGGCAUCGCUCAGAAAGCUGCGAUGCCCCAGGAACCUUCUGCACCUGCACCUCUUCGCCUCUUUCAUGCUGAGGGCUGGGGUAGUCCUCCUGAGGUCUUCGCUGUUCACUGCCGAGGAUUCCUUGCCUCCAAACUUCCUGCAGAGGGGACUUCACCAUUACAGUUACAACUCCUCAGAGGUAGCCUGGUCGUGUAAACUACUGAUCAGCGUGUGGCAAUACUUCAUCCUAGCCAAUUAUUCAUGGCUGCUGAUGGAGGGUCUGUACCUCCACAGCCUCAUAUUUUUUAUGGCCCUCUUCACAGAUUCAUCCGCCAUCACUUUGUACAUCCUACUGGGGAUGGACUCCUUUCCUUUCAGUUUAGUUUUUAUUGACACUAAUACUAUUUUCUUUCAAGGUCUUUCCACUCUCCUUCCACAACUAGUCAAGAUUGUCCCAUGUCUGCCGCUAGGUUGCGUCAGCCUGUGGGUGACGCUCCGCGUGACUCUGGACGACAGCCACUGCUGGACUGUCAACUACGUCCAGUGGAUCUUCUGGAUGUGCAUCAGGGCCCCCGUGGCCGUCUCAAACCUGAUCAACUUCUUCUUCUUCCUGAACAUCAUCAGAGUUUUGGUGCUGAAGCUCAGGUCGUCCGUGUCGGCUGAAUCUAUGAAGUAUAGGAAAUUGGGGAAAUCAACCUUGGUCCUCGUCCCACUAUUCGGAGUCCAUUACUUCGCCCUCUGGGGCCUGUCCACCUCCACAAACGUCAAGGUCGAACUCGCCUGGCUCCUGCUUGACCAAGUCUUUGCCUCGGCAGAGACUGGAGGUGGAAAGUAUAAAGCGAUCAGGAAUAAUUCCAUGGAAGGGCAGAGACUGGAGGUGGAAGUAUAA